CAGGGCUUUGCUGUCUUUAGAUGCGGCUAAGGCAUUUGACAGCAUUGACUGGAACUACUUGUGGGAGGUGUUGGCAUGAUUCGGGUUUGGUGAGAGAUACAUAGCAUGGGUCCGUCUACUUUAGAGUCAUCCGGAGGCAGCUAUCAGGGCCUUCGGGUGCCUGUCCCAUGGCUUCGCGUUGGGAAGGGGGACGAGGCAAGGAUGCCCGCUGUCCCCUCUCCUCUUCGCGUUGGCCAUUGAGCCCCUGGCCAUGGAGAUUAGGGCCAAUCCGGGUAUAGUAGGGUUUUGUUAUGGCCCCCUGCAGGAGAAGGUGAUGCUCUAUGCAGAUAACACCUUGCUUAUGUUGGGAGACACUGAUGCGUCUCUGAGGGAGGCCAUGGCAACCAUUACACGAUUCGGGGGGUACUCUGGCCUACAGAUUAACUGGUCAAAGUUGGCCCUGCUAUUAUUAGAUGGGGAGGCCACACAAACGGUGACAUCAUCCUGCCCUAUACCAGUCACGACUUCCUUCAAAUACCUCAGGAUUUAUGUAACGGCCAACCCCAGGGAUUUUAGCCAUUUGAACAUAUCCCCCCUGCUCCAGAGGUUUCGGGAAAGGGUCAAGUCAUGGAACAAUCUCCGUAUCUCGGUGGCGGGUAAAAUAAACCUAGUAAAGAUGAUAUUAAUGCCGCAGCUGCUCUAUUGCCUCCACAACGCCCCGGUGGUGAUCCCUUUAAAAAUCUUUAGAAUAGUGAAUUCUAUCUUCCGGUCGUUGAUCUGGAAGAAUAAGACGCCAAGAAUUAAACUUGAACCCGUGGUUGUACUACCUUGCGGCGCAAUUGCAACACCUGGUGGGGUGCUUCGGGAGGGAGCCGGCUGGUUCCUCCGGAGCACUGAUGCUACACACGGUGGGGGAUGGGCCCAUCCCCAUGGCACUUGAGGCCCUGGCUUUCGCUAAACCUAAUAAGAAAUAUCCCACAUAUAAUCUUAUACAAAAGGUAUGGAACAAAUGCAAAUAUGUACAGCAAGCUGAUGGAUACACUGACUACAGCCCCCUAUGGCAUAAUGAUACUUAUACAGAACUGGCUAAAUUACAGAUCGGGGGUGGGUGGAAAAGUCAUGGGGUCACACACAUUAAACAUGUAUUUAGACAUGGGAGGCUCAGGCCAUUAGCAGAUUUGCGGGUGGAAUAUGGGCUACCAUCCUCAAUGCUUUUUCAAUAUAUGCAGCUUCAGCACGCAGUGAGGGCCCAGAGUAGGUCAUCUGAGUGGCAUCUGUCGCCGACUCCGGUGUUUAGUCUCCUGGGUGAUGCUGUGUCCUCGAAGGGAUUUAUCUCUGAAUGCUACGCCAUCCUACUACAAUACUUCUUGGGACAGCAUCCAGUCAUGGUAAGGGAAAAGUGGGAGAAGGACGUGGGACAAUUGGAUGGAGAACAAUGGGAGGAGAUAUUUCAGGGGGUGAGCUCCUGCUCACUGAAUGUGGCUCAGCGACUCACUCAGCUAUACAUUAUCUUCAGGGUGUAUUAUACGCCGCGCAGGUUACAAUUGAUGGGAAUGCAGACAGAUGAUGUGUGUACUAGAUGCAAACGUGUCCAUGGGGACCUCAUACACCUCUUGUGGAGAUGUCCCAAACUGCACAAGUAUUGGUCUGAGGUGAUGAGUACUGUUAAUUCUGUUUUUGGGGUAUCCAUGCCUGUGGACCCCAGAGUAUGCUUACUGGGGGUGUUGGAGGAACAUGUUGAGGAGGUGUACACAAGGGAGGCGGUGCAAAGGGCGUUGUUCCAGGCCAGAAAAUUGAUUAUGAUACACUGGAAAUCUGAGACCCCUCCGACUUUAAGGGAGUGGAUUGAUAGGAUGGGUGAAUGAUACGUAUGGAGAAACUCAUUUACCAACACAGGGGAAGCAACCGUAAAUAUGAAAACCUUUGGGCUCCGUGGCUGGAUACACCGGGGCUUUCACAGGUGGAUCUGAUUAUGGAUAGAUUGCUGGGAGCGCAUGUGGGAUAAAUGUUAUAAUGCGGGGAAAUGUAUACUAGGGGGGUGAGAGAAAAGCCUAGUGACUGGUCGAUGAGAAAUGUAUUCUUGGUUUUGCUGUGAAAUGUUGAAUGCCAUAAGCUGUGUACCACCUUUUCAUCAAUAAAAACUUUUUGUUGGAUUUAAAAAAAAAAAAAAAAAAAACAUAUGCUCUAUGUCACACAGAAGACCUUUGAGC